AUGUCGACCACGCCACCGUUGAGCAAGGCUACAGGAUAUGGCGUCGUUGUUGGACUGGGAUUCCUGUUCGCCUUUGGGAUGAUGUUGACGACUUUCGUCCUGAGGCGGUAUAACAACGAAUUACAGACUUCUGAAGUGUUUAGCACCGCAGGGCGCACAGUCAAGUCUGGGCUAGUCUCAUCAGCAGUUGUCAGCUCUUGGACUUGGGCUGCGACACUGCUUCAAUCGAGCGCAGUGGCAUACCGGUAUGGAGUUAGCGGCCCGUUUUGGUACGCUUCCGGGGCGACGGUGCAGGUCAUCCUCUUCGCAAGCCUCGCCAUUGAGCUGAAGCGGAAGGCUCCGAACGCUCACACGUUCCUGGAAGUCAUCAGAGCACGUUAUGGAGCAGCCACGCAUGGUGUAUACAUCACGUUCGGGCUGAUGACCAACAUCCUGGUAACGGCCAUGCUUCUGACCGGAGGUGCUGCAGUCGUUGAAUCGCUCACGGGAGUCCCAACGGCGGCAGGCUGCUUUCUGUUGCCCAUCGGAGUUGUGCUUUACACGAUGUUCGGUGGUAUCAAAGCCACGUUCCUGACAGACUACGUGCAUACCGUGAUGAUCCUCGUCAUCAUCUUCAUCUUCGCUUUCACAGCAUAUGCCGUGGGUAACGAGCUAGGAAGUCCGGGUGUUGUCUACGAUAAGCUUGUUGCUGCUGCUGAACGCCAUCCCGUUCCUGGCAAUGCGGAGGGCUCAUACUUGACCAUGCGGUCUCAGGAAGGAGCCAUCUUCUUUGUCAUCAACUUAGUUGGCAACUUCGGCACCGUAUUCAUGGACAAUGGAUACUACAACAAGGCCAUCGCAGCAAGCCCAGUCCAUGCGUUGCCGGGCUACAUCGCCGGCGGCCUCUCGUGGUUUGCCAUACCAUGGCUAUGCGCUACGACAAUGGGUCUUUCGGCUUUGGCGCUUGAGAAUAGCCCAGUGUUUCCGACUUACCCAGACCGCAUGGCGCCUGCAGACGUGACCGCAGGCCUCGUACUUCCUGAUGCCGCGGUAGCUCUGCUAGGCAAAGGGGGAGCUGCUGCCACAUUACUACUUAUCUUUAUGGCGGUUACAUCUGCAAUGUCCGCCGAACUCAUUGCCGUGAGCUCAAUCUGGACAUAUGACAUCUACCAGACUUACAUCAAUCCGACAGCAAGCGGCAAGAGGCUCAUCUACAUGUCUCACACCUCAUGCGUUGUUUAUGCCAUAAUUAUGGCGUCCUUCAGCACUGGGCUCUACUAUGCCGGAAUCAGCAUGGGAUAUCUGUACCUGAUGAUGGGCGUGAUCAUUUCCGGAGCGGUGCUGCCAGCUUCAUUGACGCUGCUCUGGGACCGACAGUCUUGGGCAGCUGCGACGUUCAGUCCGCCGUUGGCCCUGAUGUGUUCUCUGACUGCUUGGCUCGUCACCGCGAAGAAGGAAGGUGGAAGCCUCUCUGUGGACAGCACUGGUGCCAACAACCCAAUGCUUGCUGGCAACGUGGUCUCCCUGCUGACACCACUAAUCUUCAUCCCAAUCCUGUCAUUCGCUCUGCGCUCACCCAAGUACGACUGGAAGAGCAUGGCCGCCAUCCGCCGCGCCGACGACGAAGACCUCGCCAAUGCUGCAAACAUGGACCUCGAGCAAGUGCCGGGAGAGAACGGCCGCACGGACGAUGUUGAAAUGAUGGAGCAGCAGAAGCUGCGCCGUGCAUCGAAGAUCGCUAGGACGCUCACGGUGGUGCUUACGCUGGCUUUCCUCAUCCUCUGGCCGAUGCCCAUGUACGGGUCUGGCUACAUCUUCAGCAAGUCGUUCUUCACCGGAUGGGUGUCCGUGGGGAUACUCUGGCUGUUCUGCUCUUCUUUCUGCGUGGGACUGUACCCACUCUGGGAAGGAAGACAUACGAGCUCCAGGACUCUCAAGGCCAUUUUCAAGGACAUUACCGGUCGAGGAAAGCCCGUCACUCACGGCAGAGCUACGAUGGCGGAGACUGCUGAGGUGGAGGAGAAGAAGGAUCAGAAGGGGGUUGAGACGCCGCCAGAGAAGAGCGUCGAAUAG